AUGAUACUUUGUCGUGAUAGUAGUUUUAUUCACGAUAUUCCUCCUGAUCAGCUCGUUCCAAAUCAUGAAUCUAUUACUGUCAUUUGGUUUGAUCCGGCGUUAGCUGAGACAAAUAUUGAUAGUACAAUGUUGACUCGUCUUCGUUUUCUCAAUGAUUAUAUUUUAUUUUGUGCUAAAAAAUCAAUGUGUAUUGAAUAUUUAACAAGAAAUAUAGAUAAAUCUGAUCGUAUUAUUACUGUACUUCACGGAUUUGAUAUAUUGGAUGAAGUCUAUCAGUAUGAACAAGUUCAUUCUAUUUUAAUUAUUGAUUCAAAUACUGAUGAAAAUAAAUUAAAUGUUAUACAAAAUAAUUAUCAAUAUUCGAAAACAGUAGAAAUUUUUAAAGAACAUAAUUCGAUGAUGAAAAAACUUCAACAAGUUAUUAUUGAUAUUGAACAAGAAAUAGUUCAACAGACUGAAGCGAUUUUUGAUGUAUUAGAUCAAGAAGAAAAAGCACUUCGAAAUCUACGUGCUGAAUUGGGACCAUUUAUAUGGCGUCAACUUUUUAAAAUAAUUAUCAAAGCAAUGCCUCAUUCUCUCGAUGCUCGACAACAAAUGAUUGAUGAAUGUCGUUCCUAUUAUCAAGGUAAUCUAAAAGAACUAGCAAUUAUUGAUGAAUUCGAAUAA